CAAGAAUCUGUCUACUUUGUCUGUCUGUUUGUCCAAAGAAUUUGUCUGUCUUAUUUAAAAAAUGCUUUACUGCAUUAGAAAUUCUUCUAGUAUUUUUCUAAAAGUAUACUGUACUAAAUUAGCUGAAGUGCGAUUUUUGCGAAAUACUGCACAUAGAUCCCCCGGCCCAAGAUUGUUGGAAGGUAAAGUUAAAACUGUGACUAAAAUAUCCGACGAGAAUUUGUUCCCUCGAAUUGAAAGUUAUGAAGAUUUAUUAAAAAGUUUCAGAAAUUCUGAUAGUGCAGUAAGCGAAUUAGAUCUAGAGGAAGCUUUAACUACUGGAGAUGAUUUCGGAAGUGUAUUUGAAAAAUGUGAUCGGGUAUAUGCCGUUCAUAAAAGAGAGGAGAAGCAGCACAAAUUCUGGGUAAAAAAUCAGAUCGUCAAGAGAAAAUAUUGCAAGUUUGAUAAAGAAACAGAUCUCCUUACUCAUGCUGCUAAAGAACAGAUACGUUAUUUGCAUAGACUUGAUCCAUUGAAAUGGACUCCUGAAAUAUUGGCAGAAAGCUUCCCAAUAAGUGUUAAUGGGGUAAAAAAACUUCUAAAGAAUAAAUUUGUUGAAAAGCGUCCAGAAAAAAUUAAACUACAUGAUGAGGAAGUGGCCAAAAGAUGGAAAAUUCUACAGUCUGGAAGAGACUCAUCUUUUAUUUCUCCUGUGACUCAGAGGUUGUGGAGGGAAGGUAAACUGAUACAGAAUUAUUAUUCUGGAAAUCCUAAUCUUCCAGAAGUCCCUCAUGAUCAUGCGCAUGAAAUUUUAAAAGAAGAAAAAGAAGAAUGUAUAGGGGAAUUUUCUUCAAUAAUUAAGAGUUAUGUUGAAUAUAAAAAGAAAACUGCAUUAGAAAAGAAUCCAAAGUCCCCUUUAAAAAGUAGUUCAGAAAAUGAACUUAUUAAAUUAGAAAAUAAUUCUAGAGACCGACAAAAAGGGUCUUCCUCAAUAUUCAGCCCUGGUUAUUUUGCAUCUGAAGAAGCUGAUGAACAUUCGUCUGUUUAUACCAAACGAAAGAAAGCCAAAGAAAUUGGAGAAACAGACCUCUUGCAUCCCCAGUUAAAAGAACAUUUUGCAGGUGAAGUAGAUAGGAAAAAAUCAAAAUCCGCUGCCGAAACUGAGUAUCAAAAAUGGAUCCAAAAGCAAUUGGAGACUGAGAAAAUCGCAACUUCAAAACAGCCAUAUAAUGCAAAAGAAUUUUUUACACCAAUAUCUAAAUAUCAGAAGGACUAUAUUGAACUUAAGAGAGACAGUAGUGAAUCAGAUGAAUUUAUAUAUGAUGAUAGGAUUGGAUAUCAGCAUCCAAAAGGGAAAAAUAUCAAGCCAAAAAUUUCUAUACCAUCAAAAUUACAUAAACAAGGCAAAUUAUACAAAAGAGGGCAGUGCAUUUAUGAUGCUGAUGGAGAAUUUCUUUAUAAAUUGCCAAAGUGAAUAUACUGAACAUUUAUAUCUGUAGACAGCAAACUUUCAUAUUUUAUAUUAAAUGCUACAUUUCUAUAAAAUUGCGCAAAACUUGUAUGGUGUAAUAUUUAUUAUAUUUUUAAUACAUGUUUAAAUGUACUGAAACAUUUAAACUUUGUGAAA